GUUACUCCCUCCCUUGGCGCACCUUGUUUCGUUUGUGAACAGCUGUACCCGUGGAGUUUAAGCUCUGUUUGGUGGUCCUAUGGAUCAGUGCGAGAUUUACUCAACUCGAGGUAGCGCCUUGGAAUCAGCAGUCACUUUACCUAGAAGCCAUGGAAAACUCAAACGGGACCAAGGGGAACUCAUGGAUGAUGCUGUAAAACUUGCUGCUAUUAAAAUUUCACGACAGUCACAACCAUCAGAUUCAGAUGGUCUAACUGUAAUAAACACAUGUGAAACAAACGCCAUGAGUGUUUUACCUCGUCUACUUCGAACUAUGACAAGCAGAAAUUCUCAGACAGCUAAUGAUAAUCGAUCUGCCUUUGAAAAUAAUCAAAUCUCAAAUGGUGAAUUAUGCUUUUCAGUGUCUGUCCCUGGACCAACUGUCAAUGAUAGUGAUUCUUCAUCUUCUUCCUCUUCUUUUAUGUCAACUCCAUCUUCCGGUUCAUCAUUGAUUUCAUUUCUUUCUCCUGGACAUUUAGGACCUGUUGCUGCUAUGGCCGCUGUAGCGUUGUCAACUGCUGUAACUACAAUGUCCGUAAAUGAUAUUCAAGAAUCUUCAGGUCUAGUAACUUUAGCAACUGCUAGUAGCCUAAUUGAAAAAGAAUGGCGUGCACGUGCUUCGGUUGUUAAUAGUAAUAAUGAAAGUGUAAAUAAUGCAAAAGAAAAUGCUGAAACUACACUUACUGUCCAAAAUCAUACUGAUUUAUUAACAUCUACUAUUCAAGGAAAUAUUGAUAGAAAUCAACAAUUCUCUUUGGAUGGUUCACCACCUUUAGUAAUUGGUGCUUUAAAUACUUCAUCAUCACAGUCCUUAUUAAAUGAAUCGACCCCAGUGACUAGAGCCGUGUUGAACGUUCAAAGUUUAGCGGCUUUUAUUCGUGAAACUCAGAAACAAUGCUCCAUAUCCAGUCCAACCACAUCUAUUGAACUGCCUCUAACGUCAGUUUUCCCUCUUCAAACUGAAACAAAAUUAACUUCUUCGUGUUCUGUCAGGCAAGUUGCUUCACCUUCCUAUCUUUUACCUGCUGCAUCCACUCCAUCUUUUCUACCAAUGACUCCGGUCCCACAAAAUCUUCCAACUGUUUUAGAACAGCCUUUACACUCAGAAUCAGUAGCAGUAAAUCAUAAUACUCAUCCAUCACCACCUAUUCAAUCAACUGCAUUCAUAUCUUUACAACCUGCACCAGGUUCUUUAAUUAGUCCUUCUGAUUUACAACAGCUUGUAGCAAGUGGAGAAUUCAUGUCCUCAGCAGCUCGGCAAACUUUACUUGGUCAGUCUUCUGAUGGAUCUACACGACAACUUUAUCUGCUCGUACCAAGUGACUGUCCUGUAAUUAUGCCAAGAGUUUCAAAUAACCAACCAACUAUGACUCCUAUUCUACCAUCUACAUCUCCUUUGAUUGAAUCUAUUCCCACAAGUGCCCCAAUAUUGGAAGCUAUAUCCCCAGGUGUAGAACCUGAAGAAAAUUGUGUUCAAAUGCAAUCUGAAUUGUCAACAUGUAACAAUGCACAACAGGUGCUAACUUCUGUUUCACAUUUAGCAACUACGAUGCUUAACCCAAUGAGUUCUACAUCCACGACAGCAUUAUCUACUUUCCUGGCUGGUUUAGAAGCUCGUAAUCAUCAACCUAUACAACAGAUUCAACUAGGUGGAUUACCUUUAUCUGCUGCGACAUCUUCGCUGUCUUGUUCAUAUUCUGACUCUUCAUCAGCCCACACUGCUAAAGACUCAUCGGCUCCCAGUUGUUCACAACUCAGAAUUCCACUUCAAGUUUCUGGCCUUCCCAUGUCCGAGAAUGGUUCAUUAUCAGUUGAACAAAAUGUUUACCCUGUUAAAAAUAACGUUGCAAACUCUAUAUUAGGUGUUGUAAAAAGUGAUCCUGAUAUGUACACUCCUAAUGGGCAUACUUAUUCAUCUCUAGUAGAUGAAACUAAUCGAUUCCGAUCUUAUCCAACGUAUACUCAACAAUUAUCUCAUCAUUUACCUCAUGGUACAACUGUACGACAGUCUGUUUUAGCUGCCGCUUCUACAACAUCAAAUAAUUCUUUCUUCCAACAAGAAUCUUCAAAUUCUUUAUUAUUAAAUCAAACGUGUUCUGUACCAAGUAAUGUCACGUCAAAUAAUACGACCACUGCUACUAUUACUACUACUACUAAUAAUAAUAAUAACAAUGGAGAGGAAUCAUUAACAAAUGGACAUUUUCAGUCACCAAUGUCACAUUCAAAUGUUUCAGCAACCAAUACAUUUACUACUUCAUUAACACCUAAUUCAGAUAAAACUCCACAGUUGCCAUCAUCAUCUAAGUCUAACACUUCAAUAGAUGAAUGUCGUAGAAAUUCAGUAACAAACACAAUGUUAAAUACAUCCAGCAAUCGGUCAGAACAAGUCAAGGGCUCUACAACCUAUCUAGAACAUUUAAAUCCAGAAUCCAAAGAUAUACGACGUCGUGUCAGCCACAAUGAAGUUGAACGUCGACGUCGAGAUAGAAUUAAUACAUGGAUAAGUGAAUUGUAUAAAUUAUUACCACCGGAUGAGCAAACUAAAUCACAAUAUCAAAGUAAAGGUAUUGUAUUAAAACGUGUCUGUGAAUAUUUUCAAAAUGUGGAUAGUAUGCUGAAAGCAGCUAAUUCAGCAGUUGAACAAAUUCGUGUAGAGAAUAGUAUUCUACGUCAACGAGUGCAUGAAUUACAACAAGAAAAUCAAUUAUUAUCAGCUUCUUUACAAUUAGGUGCUGUAGCUGCUGCUGCUCAUCUUAAAAAUAGACAACCUCGACCUGGUUCAUCAUUAUCAUCGGUCAAUAUGAAUACUGCUAAUGAAGGAAACACUAUUAGUAAUAAUAAUAAUAAUAAUGGAACAGUACCAGGAUGUGGGGUUGUAUCCACAUUAGCUAAUAGUGAAAAUUGUACAAUAUUAAAAGAUCCUAUAGAAUUUACAGAUUAUCAAUCUCCACUUACUGUAUUCACAUUAGAUACUCCGAAUAAUAAUAAUAGUAACAAUCAUAGUGUAAAUUUCAAUCAAACUAAUUCUAAUUGUAUAACUCCUACAAGUUCACUUAAUAAUAAUCCAUGUUUUACAACAUCAUUAGCAUCGAUCAAUUCUAUUGGUGGAUUUAAUGUUUCUCAAACAAUAUCACCGACGAAUACAUCGUCAACUUCAGAAAUAAUGAAUCAAGUAUUAUGUCCUUUAACUUUACCAAGUUUAGACCAUAUCACUAUGCAGCAUACAGAUACUACUACCAUUAAUACUACUACUAAUAAUAAUAAUCGAGUAUCCUGAGAUUCGUAUACAUACACAUACUCAUGUCCUCUUCCUUCCUAGUCUCUGUUUUCGAUAUAAAAUCUACAUAGUGGACUAACUAUAUAUACAUAUGAAUUGGUUCCCUUUUUGAAAAAAAUUAGCUUGUUAUUCUUUUCAGAAUUCACUUUCUGACAAUUAUCUUCAUUCAUUUAAUGAACAGAGAAAGAAAGAAAGAAAGAAACUAAAUUGUUCAGCACAAUCUCUUUCAGAAUGUCAACAUAAAACUUAUUACAUUCCUUUUCUUCUACAAAUAUAAUUGAUUUAUCUUGUUGAUAAGAUGAAAAUGGUAGUACGUAUUUUGUUGUUGUUGUUGUAGUUGUAGUCGGACAAGGCACUUCUUUCCACUAUUCAUCCUCAUCAACAUUUUAAUGAUAAUAAAGAUCUAAUCAUUUCUGUAUCUUUACACUUAUGUUUUUUUUCUCUUCUUCAACACUUCAUUGCAACUGAAUUUCAUAUACUUUCUAACUUUACUUAUAUUAUUUAUUUGCCUUUCUUGUCGAUCUAAUCAUUAUCAUUAUCAUCAUCAUCAUAAUAAUAAUAUGUACCUGAUAAUUUACACUACCUUCAUCAUUAAGCCGACAAUAAUGACUGCUAUAAUAUUUGACUUUUUCAAUUCUUAUGCCUAUUUUCUUGUCAAUUCUUUUGAGAAAGAGAACAAGACCCAUUUAUUUAUUCAUUCAUUCGAAUGAAAUUUAUGACAGAUUUGCAAAUAUUCAUUAUAAUAGGCGUAUAUUCUUCAUUCUCUGUUUUAGGACUCAGUAAUAUUUUAUGAUUGAUAUUUCUCUUUCGUUGAUAAUAUGGUCGUUCAUUGUGUCUUGUUCUUUUUGCACAAUGCAUAUACCUAUAUAUAUAUAUAUAUACACUCAUGUGUAUUGUAUAAUUCAUUCGCCACACCACGUGUGUGUGUGUGAGUGUGAUUAGGGCAAAAAUAAAGUUGGAUUUCUUUUUGUUUAACCAUUUUUUUCACCUGGUGAUUUUUCAUUUUCUUUUUUUGUGCGUACAAAGUGUUUUGACUGCUACUACUAUUACUACUAUGAUCAUUAUUCUCACUGACGAUUAUUCUUUCGUUUUUUGUUUAGAAAAAUAUAUUUCUCGUAUAUUCUUUUUAUUCUCAUCAUUGUGUUUAUCUGUGAUAGUGAUGCUUUAAUUAAAAAAAUUGUUGAAAACUAGACGGCGGUAAAUCACUCUCAUGACUGUCGUCAUUAUAACCAUUCAGUUAAAAAAAAAAUACAACCUGGUUUAUGUAACUUUUCUAAUGUUUAACACAACCUACAUCCAUAUUCACAUAUGAAGUGGAAAUUCAUCUAUAAGUACAUAUCUAUGUUGUGUUAUAUGAUCGUCAUCACUACUACUACUACUACGACUACUACUAUCAUCACCACUUUGUAUUGUUUACUUCCAUCUGCUCACAACAGUUUUCAUCUAAUAAUAAUAAUACUAAUAAUAAUUCUUUCUUAUCACCCAUCUAUUCAUAUAUUGCGCCUGUUUCUUUGUCUUAUCUCUUUUUGCCUGUUUAAAGUUUAUCAUUUGUAAUUUAUUAUUAUGUAGUUUUCUUUUCUAUGUCUUUCACAAUGACACACAUCCUACUAAACACAAACUGGUGUCAAUUCAUCUUUUAACUAUUACAAAAUUGUAUCACAUUUUGUUCUGUUCUGCCCAUUAGGUAAUUUCAUCACUUUUAACAUGAUUGUAUUUUUUUUGUUGUUGUUGCACAGAUUAGGGUUCUUUAUCCACUCAUCGCCCCCCCUACCAACAAAUUUUGUGUUACUUCUGAUUGUAUGUUAAAAUGCUGUGUUUUCAUUGCCCAGUAUCUAUGAUAAUACUAUCUGUCGUGCUUUCUGAGUCAAAAGCAAUUUUUAGUUGCUAUGCGAAAUGACGAUUUUCUUUUGUCUUCUCAAUUUGCUUGUUUCUUGAUGUAAAUGAGAUAUUAGCCUUAUUAGUGGGGGGAAAAGUUUUUUUUAUUUAAGAAAAAAACAAACAUUAAAGAAGGAUUACAUAUACAUAUAUAUAUAAUAAUAAUUGAGAAUUAGUUGUCAAUCAAUAAUUCAACUGGUACUCAAAUGAAAAAAAAGACUCCUAAAUAUUGUCAUUUUUCAUUUGAGGUUGUAUUCAUACAGCUGGGUUAGUGUAAUUUUUAAAAAAUUUUGAUUGAAUAUUCAAUGUUUUGUUGUAUUUCUUCCUUAAUGCUUUAUUCUUUCACAGAGAUGAUCAUUUUUGUUUCAUGUUCAUUAGUUUUUGAGGUUGAUUUAAUUGAAUGUAGUUUGGUUGUUGAUUUGUUUCUUCUUUCUUUCUUUAUUAUUAUCUUUAUUCAAGUGGGAAAACCCCCCCAGAGAAAACUGAUUUUUAGCUCAUCUCAUAAUCAAAUAAAACGUGAAGAUGAAUGUUCAUUCAAGUUUUGUUCUUUUAAUCGUUUAUUCGUAAUAGUACAGCACAAUAUUAUCUAUACAUAUGUGUGUGUGUGUGCGCCAAGUGACUAGUUAGUUAAAAAGCUACCUAAUUGUUUCAUGUUUUUUUUUUUUGUAAUUUUUCGCUCUCUUGGAUAUAAUAUGUAAUUGUUGUUUGAUUGUUUAUUUACUGGUAUCUCUUUCCUAUAUAGAAAAGAAUAUGAGUAAUAAUUCAAUGCCAUUGUGAAUUGUUUUUCGAUUUCACACAUGAAUUCUCAUCAGCAGGGGGGGGUAUCUUCUCUAUGUCUCUCUCAUAUCUUCAAUUGAUUUACAAUAUGUUUGUGAGAAAAAAAAUGAUUAUCAUUAAUACACUUUUAGUGUUUAGCAUAAGAUCAAAUGCUUCUGUUCUAAACAGAUUUUUUUUCUCUCUCUUUAAAACUUAGAUAUAGGAGAUAAUAUGGGUAACUAUGUAAACUGGUUUCUCAGUUUAAACAAUAGCAACAAGAAAAACAUGUUUUCAUUGAUUAUAUCAUUAUGGUUGAGCACAUAUGAAAUGUUUUUUCUCUUCAAGAUUACAGUUCUUGUUUUUUAAAAAAAAUGAAUUUUCAACUCACUUUUUAUAUGAAAUUAAAGUGAACAUCAGUCAGAUAAACCGCUAAUAUCAUAUUUUAAUAAUGACCGAGAUUACAUAAUCUUUGGAACGUAUGAUUAGGAUUUAGUUCUUUCGUAAUCUGAAUGAGAUUCUAUAUUGUUCUGUAAUUUAUCACAUCAGUGAUUUAAUGUGCU